AUGGCAGCCGUCGCCUCGCAAGACCCCCAGCUGGGACCGCAAUCUUCCAGCCAACAGGACCACACUCCGCUUCAGUCCUACGUUGGAUUCGACUCGAUCACCAAGCAGAUCGAGUCCAAACUUCUCAAACGUGGUUUCCAAUUCAACGUCAUGGUCGUCGGCCAGACUGGUCUUGGUAAAUCCACUCUUAUCAACACCCUUUUCGCCGCGCACCUUAUCGACACAAAGGGCCGUUUCGCCUCCGACCAACCCGUCCGCCAAACCACCGAAAUCCAUCCUGUUUCCCAUGUCAUCGUCGAAAACGGCGUCAAAUUGCGACUCAACAUCGUCGACACCCCCGGUUACGGCGACCAGGUCAACAACGAAAACUGUUGGGACCCCAUCAUCAAAUACAUCAAAGACCAACACUCGGCAUACCUUCGUAAAGAACUCACUGCGAUGCGAGAUCGAUACAUUGUCGACACUCGUAUCCAUUCUUGUCUUUUCUUCAUCAACCCGACCGGUCAUGGAUUGCGUCCGAUUGACGUUACGGUGAUGAAGAAACUCAGCGAUGUUGUCAAUGUUGUCCCCGUGAUUGCUAAAUCCGAUUCUCUUACGAUGGACGAAAGGGAUUUGUUCAAGGAAAGGAUCCGGGCGGAGAUGCAGUACAAUAACAUCCGUGUCUAUCCUUUCGACAAUCAAGAUUACGAAGAAGAAGAACGCGAACUGAACGAACGCAUUCGUACGCUUAUCCCUUUCGCUAUUGUCGGCAGCGAGAAAAGCGUGGUCAUCGAUGGAAAACAGGUGAGGGGCAGGAAGAAUAGAUACGGCGUUGUCAAUGUGGAGAAUGAAAGCCACUGCGAAUUCGUACAUCUAAGAAACUUUUUGACUAGAACGCAUUUGCAGGAUUUGAUCGAAACCACCGCCCAGAUUCAUUACGAGGCCUUCAGGAGCAAACAGCUGCUGGCGCUCAAGGAGAGCAGUACAAAGCAACAACAGCAGGCUCAACAGGCUCAGCACUAA